CGGUGUAUUUUGGGGUUAGGCCCUAGUGAUUUAGUCAAAUUUGUCAAUAUUAAUAUUAUCCAUUUAAAAAUUUACAACUUCCAACUCGCCCAAAACGCACUUCCUUCCUUAAUGUUAUUUAAUGAUCUUUCCUUAUUAGAUAAUGUAAACUUUCUAGUUUCUUAGAGUAUUACAUUAGCCUAGGCCUAUAAGUAGGCUAAUGGAAAUGACUGAAAUAACAUUGAGGGAUGUGCCUGUUAACUUCCCAUUUCAACCUUACAAACUUCAGGAAGAUUUCAUGUCAAAAGUUAUAGAAUGUCUUCAAAAGGGUGUGAAUGGAGUGCUGGAGAGUCCCACUGGCACGGGAAAGACUCUAAGCUUACUGUGCUCAUCUCUCGCUUGGCUCCAAUUAAAGAAGGCUCAGAUUCAAGCUAAUGCUCAAGGCUUACCUACUGACUCACAGUUGUCGUUUGCUAAAGUUUUACAGUCAGAACUUAAGAAAGUCAAUGCAACUAAGGAGCCUGGUGAAUCAUCAUGGGGUGACAAACUGGGUAUGACCAAGAUCGUGUAUGCCUCUCGUACUCAUUCACAACUCGCUCAGGCUAUGAAGGAGCUGAAGCGUACAAACUACAGACACAUGAAGUCGGCCGUGCUCGGCUCUCGAGACCAGAUGUGUCUUCAUCCUGACUUGGCCGGGGAGACCGGACAGAUGAAGGUGGCUAUGUGUCGGAUGAAAGUUAGCGCUCGUUCUUGUCACUACUACAACAAUUUGGAGUCUCGGAAGCAUGAUCAGAACAACUUCCCCACCGAGGUUGCCGAUAUUGAGGACUUGGUGAAGUUUGGCCACAAGACACAGUGCUGCCCCUACUACAUGUCUCGUGAAAUGAUGUCGUCUGCCGAUAUUGUGUUUAUGCCGUACAAUUAUCUGCUUCACCCUCAGACGAGACGGCAACAACGACUGACUUUGGAUAAUUCAGCAGUUAUCCUAGACGAAGCUCACAACGUAGAGAAGAUAUGUGAAGAGUCAGCUUCUGUUCAGAUAAGCAGUACGGACAUUGCUCUUUGUAUUGCGGAAGUCACACAGGUUAUGAAGAAGUUUGAGCAAGAUCUCAACGACAUGACGGAUGAUUCUCCCAAGGACUUCUCGUUGGAAGACUUGUGUGUUCUGAAGGCGAUGUUCCUUUCAUUGGAGAACGCUGUGGACGAGGUAGAACUCGAUACAGUGAAAGAUGGACCGGACAAAGGGAAGAAGACGGGGAAAACGUUCCCUGCCUCUUAUAUAUUUGAACUGCUCUCGAAAGCUGAGAUUACUGCUGACAAGAUUGCUGUCCUGGACAACAGUUUGUCCAACCUCGCAUUAUUCCUGACGACCACUAGCGACUCUGCUCUGUCUCGUAAAGGAGGGAUGUUGCUCAAGUUUAGCGAGUUCCUCACGACGGUGUUCAACAGUGUUGGCGAAGGAGGCUGUGUCAAAAACUCUGAUCUUUACUAUAAGGUUUACAUUGAACCUGAAGUACCAAAGAAAAGCAAACCUGACGCAUGGUCUAACACAAAAACAGUACAAAAUUCUACAGCGAAAGUCAUCAACUUUUGGUGCUUCAGUCCGGGUUUUGCGAUGCGAUCUCUACUGAAGCAAGGAGUUACAAGUAUAAUCCUAACCAGUGGGACUCUCUCCCCUCUCCACGCCACAAUCACCGAACUUGGCAUUCCGAUACCAGUGCAACUGGAAAACCCUCACAUCAUCAAACCUUCUCAGGUGUGCAUUAACGUCCUGAGCAAAGGUCCUACUGGCGAAAAACUCCUCUCCACUUACGUAAACAGAGAGAACCCCAAGUAUCUAGGAGACCUUGGGAGGAUUGUAAACAACUUCUGCCGAAUUGUACCAGGUGGAAUCCUUAUGUUCUUUCCCUCCUAUCCAGUUAUGCAGAAGACGAUCAGUCACUGGCAAGAGACAGGACUUUGGUCACAGAUAAACGCACAGAAGAACUUAUUUGUGGAGCCACAGAGACGGGAGAGCUUAGCGGAAGUGAUGAAGGACUACUCGGCUGCGUUGGAGACAGAGGGAUCGCGCGGCGCAGUGUUCCUGGCCGUACUGCGGGGGAAGGUGUCCGAGGGGAUGGACUUUGCGGACUCACAUUGUCGUGCAGUUAUCAUCACAGGACUGCCGUAUCCUCCGUUCAGAGAUCCGCGUGUUGUGCUUAAACAAGAGUACAUGAACAACCUGCGGAGAUCCAACGAUAAGGGACUGUCAGGCAAAGAGUGGUACGAGUUGGAAGCUACGAGAGCAGUCAACCAGGCCGUGGGGCGACUGAUCCGUCACGGGAGCGACUUUGGCUGUCUGCUACUCUGUGACUGUCGCUUCGAGUCACAAAACAUCACCAAUGCUCUCUCCGCUUGGGUGCGACCUCACAUCGUCAAGAGUUUGGAGUUCGGACCCGUCUAUGGAAGAGUCUCCAAGUUCUUUAAAGCCAUGGGGGUCAAUCCACCUCUCAAACCCAUCCAAUCAGGAGCGAGCUUUGAUUUUGUGGAUUCUAAAGUAAGAGCUAAGCAAGCCAAUAAAGAAGCAGAACAAAAGGAAAAUGAAGAUGCGUCCAUGAAAAAGUUUUUGGAAAAUGUUGUACGGACGACACAACCUAAAGCUUCGUCAGCCCCCUCCCCUGCUGGUCUUCUGGAUGCUCUUAGUAUGCCGUCGUCACAGAGAACCUUUGCGGAUAUAAAAAAGGCUGUGUAUAACAACCCAGACGAAGUGACAGAUUCUUAUGUAGAACCUGCUCCGAAAAAGCGCAAACUAAAGAUUCAGCCGCUUAAGUUUGACUCAACAAACUCGGAAGGUUCUGAUGCAGCUUCCAAUCAGCAACGGACCAAGAGCACAGCUGAGUACCUCCGAAAGGUUAAAAGUAGUCUCAAGGACGAAGAAUUUAAGAUUUUCAAAGAAACCGUCAAAAACUAUAGUUCCAACAGUGCAAACUACGACAGCACCGUUUUAAACCUUCGUAAAGUAUUCUCAGAUUCCUCAACAAAGGACUUGUUCAUUGAGUUUAAGAGGUUUAUCAAGGGUGAAGACGUCAGCAACUUUGAAGAUCUGUGUUGCAAAAUGUUUGGUUCAUCUUCGCUAUGAUUCAGCGGUACGAGAUACAACUUUAGUUUUGAGAUUCCUAAACUCAAACUGAUCUCUGUGAUAAGUUUCACUGUGGUAAAAUGUUAAGUUUGUAUUAUAUUCUACUCCUUGACUUAUUUAUUUUCAUACUUUUGAUAGUUAAUCUCGAUGUACAUAUUAAACUUAUUA